ACCCACCCCCAAACAAUGAGUAUCUUCUUGGAGGGGAAACAAUGCCACAUGUCCCAACACGGUUCAGAUAACCAUACGGUGGCUUUCCACACACAAACAACGCAACAUUUCCCCGAAUUAUUAGUGUCCGGCACAGACGAGGACGGCGCACUUCUGCUUUUGUUUUUGUUUGAAAGAGUAUUAAGAAACAUGACGUCGCGCGCACUCGUGGACGCGCGUUAAGCUUGAACCUUGAAGUGAGUUAAUCCGUUAGAUAGCACGUCUUUGGGGAAGCAUGGCGGUUCUUCUCAAUAUACGAGCAAACUUGGUCCGUUUCUAAUGCACCUACUUUUCCAAACUACUCCUUUUGCGCCUUGUCCGUUUAGGCUGAAGAAGGAACCCCCGGGUGGACAUUGAUUGGUCGGACUCUGCUUUCUGUUUCGCAUGAAUUUUAUGUAAUUUUCCGGGUGGAUCAUCGAGGAAGAUUUGCAUCAAUUCUGGAUAAAAGCAGCGAGAACAAAAGAGCGCAGAACAUUCUUGACUGGUCAUUUAGUGGGACUUUAACAAAAAGCUAACAAAACGACUUUCCGAUUCAUUCGACCCAUUUGUUAUAAUAGCGGAUUGACAAUGUCGUUUUUUAACUUCCGGAAAAUAUUUAAAUUGGGGUCUGAGAAGAAAAAGAAACAAUACGAGCACGUUCGCAGAGAUGAAAACCCCGAGGAAAUAUGGAACAUUAUCGGUGAACUGGGAGAUGGAGCCUUCGGAAAAGUGUUUAAGGCUCAGAACAAACAUACUGGUGUCCUAGCUGCGGCCAAAGUGAUUGACACAAAGACUGAGGAGGAGUUGGAGGACUACAUGGUGGAGAUAGACAUACUGGCCUCAUGUGACCAUCCAAACAUUGUCAAGCUGCUUGACGCUUUCUAUUAUGAGGGCAAACUCUGGAUUCUCAUUGAGUUUUGUGCAGGAGGCGCUGUGGACGCGAUCAUGUUAGAACUGGAGCGGCCGCUGACAGAACCUCAGAUCAAGGUGGUGUGCCGACAGACUCUGCAGGCUCUCGUCUACCUUCAUGACAAUAAAAUCAUCCACAGAGACCUGAAGGCUGGCAACAUCCUGCUCACUCUAAACGGUGAUGUUAAACUGGCUGACUUUGGUGUGUCUGCCAGAAACAUCAAAACAUUGCAAAGGAGAGACUCCUUCAUUGGAACCCCAUACUGGAUGGCACCAGAGGUUGUUAUGUGCGAGACAUCUAAGGAUCGGCCAUAUGACUACAAAGCUGACAUUUGGUCACUCGGGGUCACCCUGAUUGAGAUGGCACAGAUUGAGCCACCCAACCAUGAGAUGAAUCCCAUGAGGGUCCUUCUGAAAAUAGCCAAGGCAGAACCGCCAACGCUGAUGCAGCCAUCCCGCUGGACUCCAGAAUUCAAUGAUUUCUUAAAGCGAUGUGUGGACAAAAACGUAGACAGCAGGUGGAGUGCAACACAACUUCUGCAGCAUUCAUUUGUGUCCAGUGUGACGGACAGCAAACCUUUGAGGGAAAUUAUAGCUGAGGCCAAGGCUGAGGUGACAGAGGAGAUUGAAGAGCACAAAGAGGAAGAAGAGGAAGAAGAAACUGACGGAAAUAUGGGUCAUAAACGUGCUCCAUCUGAUGUCAGCGUUGCCAGUUCUGAGGACGAGAAGAUUCCUCUCUCUCCCACUAUUUUGGAAUCCGUCCCCGAGAAGUCUGAGCCACGUUUCCUCGUGGAUAAGCAAGCGCUGGUCACCAGCUUUGUGGAGGAGCCCGCCACCACCGCAGCUAAAGAUCAAACAGGGGAGAUUCCAGCCAACAACGAGGAAAAGCAACACACACCAAUAGAAGAAAAUAAAGAGGUCGAACUAGGCGAGGAUUUGUCAUCCCCACCGGUGAAGGAAAUGGCGCAGAUAGGGAUGGCCUCUGAAGAUGAAAAGGAAGUCGACACUGCAAAGGAGGAUACUCAGGAGAAAAACAUGGUUUCAAAUACACAAGCAGAGGAGGACACACACAGACAUCUUAACGUGACUUUGACAAGUCAGGAUGAAGUCUCAAAAGAGAAUGCUGGCGAGACGCUGACAGAAAAGGAGACAAUUAAUGUAGAAAAGGAGAAAACUCUGUCAGACAAGACUAAAGAUGACAAAGAAAGAGAUUCCGACUCUGGAAUCAGCUCAGUUGCAGGAAACAGCAGUGUGGACCUCAAUUUGUCAAUCUCAAGUUUUCUUUCCAAAACAAAAGAACCUGGAUCCGUUUCUAUUCAAGAGACCAGGCGUCAAAAGAAGACGUUGAAAAAGACACGCAAAUUUGUUGUGGAUGGCGUGGAAGUCAGUGUGACUACAUCAAAAAUCAUUACCGACCAUGACACUAAGAACGAGGAGAUGAGAUUUCUGAGACGCCAGGAGCUAAGGGAGUUGCGUCUCCUCCAGAAGGAGGAGCAAAGGGCCCAACAGCAGCUUAGCAACAAGCUGCAGCAGCAGAAGGAGCAGAUUUACCGCCGCUUUGAGCAGGAGACCACUAGUAGGAAGCGUCAGUACGACCAGGAGUUGGAGAACCUGGAGAAGCAGCAGAAGCAGACCAUUGAGAGACUGGAGCAGGAACACACCAAUCGACUGAGGGAUGAGGCAAAACGCAUCAAGGCUGAGCAGGACAAAGAGUUGUCCAAGUACCAGAACAUGCUGAAGAACCGUAAAAAAGAGGAGCAAGAGUUUCUUCAGAAGCAGCAACAGGAUCUGGACAGCGCGCUGAAGAAAAUUAUCCAGCAGCACAAACAUGAGCUGGCCACCAUUGAGAGGGACUGCCUGAACCACAAGCAGCAGCUUCUCCGAGCAAGGGAGGCAGCCAUGUGGGAGCUGGAGGAGCGCCAUCUGCAGGAGAAGCACCAGCUGUUCAAGCAGCAGCUCAAGGACCAGUACUUCAUGCAAAGACAUCAGCUGCUAAAAAGACACGAGAAGGAAAUGGAGCAAAUGCAGCGCUACAACCAGCGACUGGUUGAAGAGAUGAAGAACAAGCAGACCCAGGAGAGGGCCCGACUGCCAAAGAUCCAACGCAGCGACGCCAAGACCCGCAUGGCCAUGUUCAAGAAGAGUCUUCGCAUAACCGGAGCGGCCAUCACCCCCGAGCAGGAGAGGGAAAAGGUCAAACAGUUUGCUUUUCAAGAAGAGAAGCGUCAGAAGAACGAAAGACUCCAACAGCAUCAAAAGCAUGAAAACCAGAUGCGGGAUUUACAGCUACAGUGUGACGUCAACGUCAGAGAGCUUCAGCAAUUGCAAAAUGAGAAAUGUCAUCUUCUGAUCGAACAUGAGACCCAGAAGCUGAAGGAGCUCGAUGAGGAACACAGCCUGGAGCUGAAAGAGUGGAGAGAGAAGCUGCGACCCAGGAAAAAGGCCUUGGAGGAGGAAUUCGCCAGGAAGUUGCAGGAACAAGAAGUGUUUUUUAAGAUGAGCGGGGAGUCCGAGUGCCUUAACCCAUCUGCACAGAGUCGCAUUUCCAAGUUCUACCCGAUCCCCAGCGUCCAGUCCACAGGAUUCUAAGGCUCACCCUCAGGUGUCCACACAGCUGACUGUGCCUUCCUCUUGGCCUCCAACAUGGAGGACGGACAAGGAUUUCAUCUCUCUGGUAUUUCUUUGCAGCUUUGAUUGAAUACUGAAGUCUAGCAGACAAGUCCAGCUUGUAGGAUUUUAAAUUGGUUUUGGUAAAUAAUUGCUGCUUUAGAUCCCACUAAUGUCAUCGGAUCACAACUAAUUAUUGUAACAUUAAUUAGGUCACAUUCAGGAACAUAUUCAUUUUAGGGUAAAUUAACACUAAAUUGGCCCUAGUGUGUGAAUGUGAGUGUGAAUGUUGUCUGUCUAUCUGUGUUGGCCCUGUGAAGAGUUGGCGACUUGUCCAGGGUGUACGCCGUCUUCCGCCCGGUUGCAGCUGAGAUAGGCUCCAGCACCCCCCGCGACCCCGAAAGGGACAAGCGGUAUAAAAAUUGAUGGAUAUACACAAUCACCUCUUCUCAUAGUAUCAGCCCCUUUUCAAAAUUAGGGCCCUUAGCAGAAUUUUGUUUAGAAGACCUACCUCCCGCCCCCUUUACAAUAUUUUUGUAUUAACGUGAAUUGUUUUUUUUUUAUACUUUUUUUAAUCAAACUUGAAUUUGGUGCAUCUUUUGUACUGGAACACAUUUUUUUAGUGCAAUUUUCGGAGAAGUUUGCCAUUAUGUUCUUAUCAUUGACGGAGCAGGAAGGGGCUAAGAAUACCGUAUUUUUCGGAUUAUAAAUCGCUCCGGAGUAUACGUCGUACUGGCCGAAAAUGCAUAAUAAAGAAGGAAAAAAACAUAUAUAUGUCGCACUGGAGUAUAAGUCGCAUUUUAGAGGGAAAUUAAUUUGAUAACAUCCAACACCAAGAAUAGACAUUUGAAAGGCAAUUUGAAAUAAAUAAAGAAUAGUGAACAACAGGCUGAAAAGGUGUACGUUAUAUGACGCAUAAAUAACCAACUGAGAAGGUGCCUGGUAUGUUAACGUAACAUAUUAUGGUAAGACUCAUUCAAAUAACUAUAACAUACAGAACAGCAAUGUCCAAAGUGCGCCCCGGGGGCCAUUAGCGGCCCGCAGCUAAUUGUUUACCGGCCCGCCUCACAUUCUGUAAAUGCUAUUGCAAAAAUUAAAAAAAACAUAAAAAAUAUUGGAAUGAAGUGAUAUCUAUCGAGAAAAAGUUGCAAGUGGUUAAUUACAAGUUUCAAUCAAUCAAUUAUUUAUUUUUAAUUUUUUUGCCCUUGCUGAAAACAAAAAAUAAUGACAAAAAAAACAUGUUAUAAUGAAUUAUUUUCAAAGCUCCAAUUAGUUCAAACAUUUCACUUUAAAAUGUUUUAUGUGGUAAAUAUUGCAUAUUUUGUGCAGUUGCCAUUAAAAAACAAAGUUUUCUUUGACAAAAGAGCAUAAAACAAACAAAAUAAUAGUUAAAACGUAAAAUCGACAGAUAUAUCUGAAGUUGAUCUCGUAAUUUAAGUGUUGAAAGUAAAAAAAAAACCCUAAUAUAAAUGUAUCACUUUAUGAGUCCGGCACCUUUUGGAUCCCAAAUAUAUUUAGUGGUAUUUUAUUUAUCUUUUUACUGUGAUUACUCAAAAAUAAUAAAGAAUUAAAAUCAAUGGUGUCCUGCAUUAUUGAUCUUUUAGGGCUCUGACGACUAAAUACUACAUAUUUCCGUGUUACUAUUAAAAAAACAAAGAUGUUUUUGACAGAAAUGCCAUAAAACCUUUUUUUUUAAGUUGAUAUAGUUUACAGUUAAGUUUUAUUUAACUGUAAGCGUUAAAUAAAAAAUAAUAAUAAAAAUGUUACUUAUUUUUAACAUUUUAUUAACUGAGACCCUUUAUGGGUCUGGGACCCCUAAAGGUAAAAUCAUUUUUAAAAUUCCAUAUAUUUUGUUAUGGUUUGAAAAUGAAAAAUAUCAAAAUGGCCCCGCAUGCUUUAAUUUUUCUGUGUGCGGCCCUCUGUGGAAAAAGUUUGGACACCCCUGAUAUAGAACAUGUUAUAUGUUUACCAAACAAUCUGUCACUCCUAAUCGAUAAAUCCCAUGAAAUCUUCUUCCUCGAUGUCGCUUCUAAACAACUCUGCCAACUCCAAAUGUAUGCGCCGCUUCCUCUUGUGUUUUCUGCUGUAUAUUUCACUACGUCCAGCUUGUAAUCUGCAGUCCAUGAUUUCCUUUUCGGGGAUAUUUUUGUUCAGCCCUUCUCAGUUUUUAUAACUUACCGCCAACAAUGAAAUGAUUCAUUUUAAUAGCUACGGCAGUAGCAUAUAGUAUAUAGCAUUUAGCAUUCCAUGACCCACAAUGCACUUCUGCCAUGACCCUCCCCCGCCAAAUUCUUAGUGGUUGACGCAUAUGUGACGAUUACUGACAUUUUCUUUGUCUCUUCCGCGAAUUAGAUAAAUAAUAUUAUUUGAUAUUUUACGGUAAUGUGUUAAUAAUUCACACAUAAAUCGCUCCGUAGUAUAAGUUGCACCCCUGGCCAAACUAUGAAAAACACUGCGACUUAUAGUCCGAAAAAUACGGUACAUACGUUUACGAUGAAACAUCAUCAUUAAUUAAUUGAAAUUUGACAUGCCCCUCUUCAUGCAAUUAGGGGGCCCUAAGCCUAGUGGGGGGUGUGCGUAAUACGGAAGAGGCGGCCUUGAUUAAAUGUCCGAUUCCAUUCUUUUUCGCGAUGGUCGACAGCGAAAGUGUGAAAAGCGGGUGGACAGACUAGGGAAAGAAGAAAUAUGGAUAAUAAAUACAACUGUGUUUUACAAACAGACCAGAUUUAUUCACCAUUGAAGCAGUCAGCAAUUUCCCAACUUUCAGCUAUGAGUACAAAUCCUUAAAGACGUUAAUCAUUUUCCUCUAUUUUCUUUCUGAUUAAUCUGCAAAUUAAGCAUUUAUUUAGCAAGCAGUAAACUGGCAUGCAAGCUCACAGCCUUUAUACUUGAUUGAUUUUACAAUUUCUGAACAUUUCAAUUUAAAAUUUGCCAAGAAAUUGAAGUAUUAAAUUCAAUUAAUAUCUUGAAUGGGCCUGACUGGUUUAGGCUGUAUUGAUUAAUCAUCCGAUUUAUUGCUAUUUGGCUAUAAAGUGUUACUGAAGCUAUUUAUUGGUUAUGCACAAAAAAACAAAACGGGAGUGCUGUGCACCUCACAUACAGUAUUUCUACAUACUGCGCUUGCUCCUCUUAUUGUGAAUCAAAAUGUUCAUUUAAAAAAAAUGAUGAUUACAUUCUGAAUGUCAACCUGGUAAUCUGGAUCAAAUAAUCAUGGUGCAUUUUUUUUCUAAAUGCGUAGUUUUAGAUAACCUGUCGUGUAGAUUUUUUUUCUUCCUGUAAAUAAACACUUUUGUCUGUCAUAAA